AUGAACAACGAGACAAAGCCGCUGCUUGUAAGACAAUCCAAACAGCAGUACAAACGAUCUCCGUUGUAUGACUCUUUACAGGAGUCAAUCGGCCAGUCUCGUGCUUCUAGCUCCGAUAGCUCGAGAACGGAUGGCAAUAGUAGUCAUGUUCAGACUCCAGGAAACAUAGAUGAUUCUAUAUUACCAGGACUCACGAGCAAAACCAUGCCAACCGGGGCUUUUUCAGAUAGCAGAAAUUUAACAGUUUGGGAUCGCUUGACCUACUACCUUCCCUGCUUCUCUUGGCUACCAUCAUACAACCUUUCAAAAUUCUGCGGUGACUUCGUCGCCGGAUUAUCCCUGGCUUCAUUUCAGAUACCCUUGGCUAUGUCUUACGCUACUUCCAUUGCCCACACUCCCCCCAUAUGUGGUCUGAACUCGCUGGCGUUCACUCCUUUCAUAUACGCAGUCUUUGGCUCCGUUCCGCAGAUGAUCGUUGGCCCUGAAAGCGCAAUUUCACUAGUUGUUGGCCAAGCCAUCGAACGUAUAACCAAACAUGAUAACACUUUAAGUGCCGUUGAUUUAUGUGUCGUUAUGACUUUCAUAAGUGGAUUAAUUUUGUUUGUUUUCGGCGUUUUAAGAUUUGGUUUUCUGGAUAACGUUCUGAGUAGAGCACUUCUGAGAGGGUUCAUCAGUGCCAUUGGUGUUGUAAUGGUAUUGAAUUCUUUAAUAACGGAAUUAAAAUUGAAAAAGGUCUUUGCUGAUGCCCCAGGUCACUAUCACUCACCUUUUCAGAAGAUUAUUUUUCUCGUCGAGUAUGGUCCGAAUAAUUAUCACGCUCCCACUGCACUUCUGAGUUUUACUUGUUUUAGCGUUUUAAUGUUGUUGAGAUACUUGAAAAAAAAGCUAAUGAAAAGACACAAGUGGGUAGUGUUUUUUCCCGAGAUAUUGUUCGUGGUAGUUUCAACCAUCAUUCUAUCUUACACUAUGAACAUUAAACAUGACUAUAAAAUUGAUGUCGUUGGUGAUAUCCAAACAGACAAUUUAACUUCGAUAAAAAAUCCUCUCUCGAAAACGAGAUUAGAAUUAUUUAGCGACCUCUUUUAUCCUGGGUUCAUGGUCGCUCUUUUAGGCUUCUUUGAGUCAACAACUGCAUCUAAAUCGUUAGGAACUGCUUACGACUUUGCCAUCUCAUCUAAUCGAGAAUUAAUAGCAUUAGGAAGUCUCAAUUUAGUUGGUUCGUUAUUUGGUGCAUUGCCUUCUUUUGGUGGAUAUGGUAGAUCUAAAAUAAAUGCGUACUCAGGAGCACAAACUGCAAUAUCUGGUGGGUGUAUGGGACUGGUGACUAUCGUUACUAUCAAAUUCCUAUUGGGUUUUAUUCGCUAUGUACCGGUUUGUGUGUUAUCAGUGGUUACUACCGUAGUGGGAAUAUCCUUGUUUGAGGAAGCUCCUUCUGAUAUCAGAUUCCAUUUGAGAUGUCGUGGUUACAAUGAACUAAUCAUCUUUACUAUAACAGUUCUUACUACCUUUCUGUUUUCUGUUGAGGCUGGUAUCACGGUGGGGUGUGCAUAUUCAAUUAUACGCCUGAUUAAAAACUCUACAAAGUCGCGGAUACAAAUAUUAGGAAGGGUUGCGGGAACAAGCCGAUUUGUAAACGCCGAUGAAUACUAUCGCUCACCAAUUGCUCAAGAAGUAUUCGACACUCAUCUUGAGCAAAUUGAAGGAUGUCUGAUAGUAAAGAUACCAGAGCCACUUACCUUUACCAAUACAGAAGACUUGAAAUCAAGAUUGAGUAGGCUCGAGCAUUACGGAUCUGUGAGAGCACAUCCUGCGAGCCCAAAGUCGGGAGAGAGAGAAAAGGUGAGAAACGUUAUAUUCGACCUUCAUGGAAUGACUUACAUUGACUCAUCCGCGGCUCAAAUCCUUUGUGAGAUCAUUACUUCUUACAGAAAAAGGCAUGUCAGUGUGUAUUUUGCCAGAGUACCUAUGACACCGAACGUUCGAGAAAGAAUUAUGUCAUCAGGAAUAACCGAGAUGAUUCAACUCGAUAAUUCUGAUUCUGGGUCUGCGCAGGUAGAAAUAGCGGUCGCUUAUCCCCAGUUUUUUGAAACAAUCCAAAGUGCAUUAAAAGCUAUCGACACACAGCAGAGCCCGUACAUAUCGGAAGUGGCGAGCGUGUGCACAUCUUUAUCGAAUACCUAUGCAAACUCGUCUCUAGUCUGA